GCCGGCCGUAAAAUAAAAUUGUGAAAAACCCUAACUAAAAGCAUUUCCCUCCACUUAAUCAGUCAGUUCUAUCGAUCAAUUUGAUUUGUUUUGAAAUAAGAAACCAAAACUUCUCCAUUCAUUUAUACACAUCAUCGUCAUUCAUCACAUAUGGAGAAGAAGGGGUCGAAUUAUGAGGCGAUUAUGGCCAGAAGUUUUAGCAGGCAAGAGAGGAGCAAAAUGGGAUGGUGGGCUUGUCUUGCCUUCUUCCUCCUUGCUUUUGCCUUUUGCUUUUUCUUUAAGCCGCCGCCCUACGCUACUUCCAAUCUUGCUUCCUAUCCCGUUUCUGCUCCAGUUGAAGUAGGGAAGACGGAUUUUGUAAAUGUGCAAGCCACUAAACAUAUUGAAACAAACAUUCCACCACAACCAUAUUCCAGUAAAGCAAAAGACGCAAGACCAAUAUGCAAAACACAUCCAAGAUCGGACAUUUGCCAUGCAAAGGGUGACAUAAGAGUACUAUCGACGACCAAUUCCUCAUCACCUACUACCAUUGUCGUUGUUUCAAAUGUUGUUAGUAUGUCUUGGAACAUAAAACCAUACGCUAGAAAACCCGAUUUCUUCGCUAUGAGAAACGUCCGAAACCUAACCAUUAAUCAAGUGAUCACCCUCUCUUCUCACUACCAUCAUCAUCAACUCCGAAAUUGUACGAGAAAGUAUAACAUUCCGGCCGUCGUUUUCUCUCUCGCCGGAUACACCGGAAACCUAUUCCAUGACUUGUCCGAUGUGAUAAUCCCUUUGUUCCUAACCACGCACGGAUUUCAGAGAGAAGUGCAGUUCCUAGUCGUUGACUACCGGCAGUGGUGGGUAAAUAAGUACAAGAACGUGUUACAAGGGUUGACCAAGCAUGACAUCAUCAACCUCGAUAACACCGGAAAAGACGACGUCAUCUGUUUCCCAAGAAUCACCGUUGGUUUAAAAGCCAACAAAGAGUUUAGCAUCGACGACGACGACGACGACAUUGUUUCUCUCUCAAUGAAGAACUUCACGAAGUUCAUGAGAAGCGUGUAUCACCUGGAACGUGACGUGAUUGUCAAAACUCACAAACCACGAGUCCUCAUUAUAUCGAGAAGCAAAACGAGGCGUUUUUCGAACACCGACGAGAUUGCGAAAAUGGCAUCAGGGUUAGGGUUUGAAGUGGUUGCAGAAGAGACGGGGGUGGACAUGAACCGGGUCUCGAGAUUCGUGAACAAAUUCGAUGCGGUGGUUGGUGUGCACGGGGCGGGGCUAUCAAACAUGGUGUUCUUGCCGGAGAAUGCAGUUGUGGUACAAGUUGUAGGGUUGGGAAUGGAUGGGAUAGCCAAGACGGACUAUGAGCUUCCUUCAGUGGAUAUGGGUUUGAGGUACUUGGAGUACAAAAUAGGCGUGAAUGAGAGCUCUCUGAUUGACAAAUACCCAAUGGGGCAUGACGUGUUUACGAACCGUAGUGCGAUCAGCAGUAAAUUAGGGUGGGACGCUUUUAGAGAAGUUUACCUGGAUAGUCAAGAUGUGAAACUGGAUGUUGAUAGGUUUAGAGGGACCCUCUUAAAAGUACUAGAGCUCUUGCAUACAUAGUACGUACAUCUUUUGUUAUUUACCGAUAAAAUCACCAUUUGUAAUAUACACACACAAGCAGAGACCUGAACACUAGCUACGUCAAUUGUAACCGUAGUCAAUGUCGAAAGAAAUGUUGCAACUAGUAAUUUUAUGGAUCUGCG